AUUCAGUACACAAACUUAAACUUCCUGUGCCUAGCCCUUUCAAGGACUCUGGCAACUGUUGUGAGUGUACCCCAUGCAGUCAUGGAAUUUACAGCUUUUAUAUAAGUAUUAUAUUUCAUAUUAUAUAAAGUAAGUUUUUAUAUUACUUAUGUAGGGUAAACCAGCAGAUAGGAGAUGGUUAUUGUCUUGGUUACAUAUUUAUUAACUUGACACGAGUCCUUGCCUUCAUCAGACUGGCCUAAGGGCAAGCCUGUGGGGACAUUUUCUUGAUUAAUGGUUGAUGUGGGAUGUCCCAGGCCACUGUAGCCGGUACCACCCAUGGGCACGUGGUACUUGCUUACUUAAGAAAGCAAGCUAAGUGAGCCAUGGGACCAAGCAAGCCAGUAUGUGGUGUACCUCCAUGGCUUUCGGAUUCCUGAUCACUGUGAAAGACCUUUGAUAAAAGAUAUUUAUUGCCCUGUGUGGUGAGAGCAAGCAUUUGAUCCCAGCAUACAGGAGGCAGAGGAUGAACAGCAACUUUCUAGCACACUAAAAUCUAACCAGAAGAAAAUAAAACUUCCAGAUUAGUGCUAGCUUCAUAUGUUCAUGCCGUUCAUGUACCAUGGAGUCCUCAUCGAUUGGAACUUAUUGUCAAGAUCACUACCGGGAAGCAACGGCUGCAGUGGAGGCAGCAGCCCAUCAGUGGAAAGUAGUAGCCUCCACAAGAAAUGAAAUGAGGAAUGAAGAACAAUAUGACUACGAACGACUUCCAAGAGAACAAGAACCUCCUCAAAGCCAUCCCAGUGAUGGCUACCAUAGAGUAGUUAAUGUACCAAAGAGACCACCCCUAAUAGACAAGAUACCACCUCGAGUAGUUAAUGAGCCAAAGAGACCACCUCUAAUACACAGGAUACAACCUCGAGUAGUUAAUGAGCCAAAGAGACCACCUCUAAUAGACAGGAUACCACCUCGAGUAGUUAAUGAGCCAAAGAGACCACCCCUAAUAGACAGGAUACCACCUCGAGAAGUUAAUGAGUCAAAGAGACCACCCCUAAUAGAUAGGAUACCACCUCAAGUAGUUAAUGUGCCAAAGAGACCACCUCUAAUAGACAGGAUACCACCUCGAGAAGUUAAUGAGCCAAAGAGACCACCUCUAAUACACAGGAUACCACCUCGAGAAGUUAAUGUGCCAAAGAGACCACCCCUAAUAGACAGGAUACCACCUCGAGUAGUUAAUGAGCCAAAGAGACCACCUCUAAUAGACAGGAUACCACCUCGAGUAGUUAAUGAGCCAAAGAGACCACCUCUAAUCCAUGGGAUACCACCUCAAGUAGUUAAUGUGCCUAAGAGACCACCACUCCUAGGUAAGAGACCACCUCUGCUACCCACACCAGAUAAAGGAGGUUACAGUAGCUAUUACAGUCAUGUGGAUUGCCCUGUAUAUGACGAGGGCCUCAGUUUUUCUCAUGAUCGAAAAAGGGCAAGAGACGAUCAUUCCACAAACUGGCAGCCUAAUUACAGGAACAUGAAAGGUAGCUUUAGAGGAAAAAAUUUCUAUUCUUCCCAUUAUUCAAAAGGUUGGUUUCCCCAUAAAAGUGAUGCUCCUUUCUUCAGAGAAUCACCUGCAAGCUGGAAGAACUCCCCACACAGCAGAUCCAGCUCUGGUAUCAGCAAUAGAUGUCAUUCUCAGAAGCAAAGCAGGACAUACUCCUUCCAUCGGUCUCAGAAUAUAUGUAAAGAGAGAUCCAUCAAGCCUUCAAAAACUUCAGGAAGAAAUUCAUUCUCAACUUCAUCAGCAGUUUCUUCAUCCAAACCCAGCAAGCUAACUGAGAAGGAACUUGCUGAGGCUGAAACACUAGAGAUGAUCAACAAAGGUAACUUAGCUGAAAUUUCUGCGUUUGAGGUGAGAUCCAUGGCACCCCUAUUUAUUGACCUGGCAGAAGAACCCAAGUCAAAUCCAACAGGUGGCACAGAAAUGUUUGUAGACAACCAGCUUCGUAGCCGCUCUGAAGCCAUCUCAUCAAAAACCAGAGAGAUUGUGCAAGUUUACCAACAAGACUGUGAGACUUUUGGGUUGGUGGUGAAAAUGCUAAUUGAGAAAGAUCCCUCACUAGAAAAAUCUAUCCAGUUUUCACUGAAGCAGAAUUUAAAUGCAAUAGGUGAGCAGUGUAUUGAAGAACUCAAGAAUUUCAUUACUGCAUAUGAUAAUUCUAAUCAAGAUUUGAGACCCUUUUAAGAAGUAGUACCCAGGUCAAAAAAAUUUUUUUUGAUUCUUUCCUCCUUGGGUUGUGUAAAUCCUUAUGAUAGCUGAACGAAUUUGCACUGUUAAAUAAACAUCUACAAUGCCUUUUAAAGUA